UACUUCUGCAUUUCUUUCAUCAAUAAUAAGAUUACAAGUAGAGUAAUGGCUGAUUACGAAGUUGACGCAAACCCUGAUUAAGAAAAUGCUGAUAUUUUCUAGUCAAACAUUAGGUAAAUAGAAACAACAAAUCGUCUACUAGCUCAUAUUGAAGACAAGCUUAACAACUUAAUUUAUAACAAAAAGCAAUCUCCUAAAGCCAAUAAAUUUUCUACAUUCACUAAAAAAAAUGCAGAAAGUUAAUAGGCAUAUAUAGACAAAAAUAACUAAGACUUUAAUAGGGGGAAGAGCUCUUUUCAUGAAAAUAUAAAUUAAAAUGAUUUUAUUAGAACUAAUAAAGUAAAUCAAGCUUAGACUGGUCAAUUUUUUCAUUAAGGAGCCUUAUAAUAAUAGCCAGAUGAAUUCUAAGAAAAUUACAUAAAUAACUCAAAUUAUUCAAAUCAAUAUUCUAAUUAACCAUAGCUAUUUUCAAAUUCUACAAGAAACCUCUAUAAAAGCAAUUAAAAUCCUUAAGGUGUAAAUUCAAAUAAAAAUAAUUAGAGCAGUUAAAUGAAUAGUUUGUUAUUCAAUCCACAAAAUAAUGGUAUAACCAGUACUAAAUCAAAUAGAAGUUAGUCAGAGUUUUAACCUAUGUUUAUAAAUAAUUUGCAAAGAGUUGAAGAUAAUACAAGCAGCAACAGAAAUAAAUUUGAUGAGCUGAAUUACUUGCUUUUAGGAAGAGAAGAUUAAGAUCCCUCUCCAAGUUAAAUUUCAUCUGGCAACAAUCAAUAAAUACUAGGUGGUACAUUAGAAUAUACAAAGAGCAAUCACUUUAACUCAGCAAACAAAUAACUUGAAAUUGAUUCAGCAGAUAUGAAUUCAUACAAAUCAAGAUAGCAACUAAAUUAAGAUAAUAAAUUCAAUAACUAAGAAUCUUAAAGAAUUUCAGAUAAACUAAGGGAAGCAAAUGGUUUAACUAUAAGGAGUCCUUAAAAUUAGCUAUUUUAAAAACCUUAAAAUAAUGACGAAUUAUUGGUUUAAAGAAUUGAUAGGAUGGACAAAUUCUACGAAAAUAAGAUAAAAAUUCUGAGUGAAAGAGUAAGUUUGUUAGAAAAAGAAAACCAAGUACUAAUUGAAUAGAAAAGUGAUUUAAAUUUAGAGGUCAUCAAACUAAAACAGAAUAUACCUUUAUCAUCUACUAGUAACCAUAAUAGUAGUAAGUUUUCUACCCAUGAUAAAACAAGCAAAGAGCAAGAGAGAAAAAUAAUUAGAUUAGAACAACAAAUCCAAGAACUUAGCUUAUAAAAUUCCAAUCUUGAAAAAGAAAAGAAAGUAUUAGUAGAUAGUCUGUAGCAUGAAAUUCAAGAGUUGAAAAACUAAAAUUUUAAAUUAAUUGAUGAAAAUUAAUCUUUAAGAUAAGAAAUGAGAGAAAGAAAUAUGAGCAGCUCAAGCAUGAGAAGAUAAGGAUCUAAUAAUUCACUAAUUAAUUAUUAUAAAGGAAACCACUAGCUUUCAAGUUAAACAUAAAGGAAUAAUUAUCAAUAAAAUGAUGAUAUUUCUGGACCAAUAAAAACUUUUGAUAACACAGCUAAUAUUUUAGAAGAUAUGAGAAAUAAGUAUAAUAUUCCUAAAGUUACAGAUAAAAAACCUCAGUAAAAUUAUGAAGAAGAUUUAUUGACCACAGGUUAGUACACAAACAUAAAAAAUAAUGUGAAAGAUGGGAGAAUGACAUUAAAUGAAAUCUAACACAAAAAGCAUCCUCUUACAAACGAAACUAGUCAAUAAUACUUGAAAAAUAAAUAAUCUUCUGAUGUUAGCUUCUAAUAAGGUAACUAAGAGCCGCACUAUUAGCAGUUUAAAAAUAAUUAUGAAAGCUUGGCUAAUUAAAAUUCUUAGCAGUAUAAUACACACUCUUAUUAAGGAUAAUCUUAUUAAUAAGAUAGUAAAGCUUUAAAUGAAAAUAGUUAUAGCUUUUUAGAAGAACCUUCCACAAGAAGAAAUAGAAUAAAUCAAGGUGAUAAUUUAAAAGAAGAAAUAUCUAAAAUAAAAGAUGAGCUAGUUCGUUAAAAAGUUGAUAACACAAAUAUGGUUUAAAAAAUAAAUGAUUUCAAAAAUUAGAAUGGAAUCAGCCAUUCCUCAUAAAAUGGAGGUUAAAAUCAUUAAAGUAAUAUUGUUGCUCCUACAGAGGCUCAAGUUAUGUUAGAAAACUAUAAAUUAUAUGCUUCCUAGCUAGAGAAGUCAUAUGAAAAAAUCGAAUAAUUGUACUAAAAAGAAGUCCAAGAUAAGCAACAAAGAAUAGAAGAGCUUUCUAAAUCUAUCAAUCAGAAGAAAUGUGAUUUAGAAGAAGAAAGUCAGUAUAGACUAAAACCUAAAUUAAAAACUACAAAAUCGAGAAAAACUUCAGUUAAUAAGAAGCCUACAAAAACAACAAAUUCAAUCACAACAUUGCACAGCAUAGGAAGAUCUAAAUCAGUUAUAAACACAUCUAAAAAAAUCUGA